GCUUCUGCAACUCUUCCAUCUUUUACUGCCGCACUCCGUCGGUUUGAUCCGGUGCGCUCUUCUUCUCUUUGCGCACAGCUAAGACUAUGGAAACUGAUGUGAGGGGAUUUUGGAAGUUGAUUUGCAUUGCAAAUUUUUUUUAAGUUGAAUGCUAGACAGAGACUUCAGGAGUUUUACGCUUGGAAACAGCAGUGUAGAUAAAAGCGUAUCUUCAGUGCGCGUAACGCAGUGGCUCCACUGGAUUUUUCCCCUCCUUUUCUUUUUGUAUACUAGCUCCACAUUUGCACGCGGGGUUCAUCUCUCCACUACGGCGCAUCAUUUGGAUACCGGGGGUGGGGCGACAGCAGCAGCAGCUUGUCCCGGUAAGGGGAGGAGAGAACAGGGAACAGAGGCGGUUCUUUUCUGGGCUCCUUUCGCUGGAGAGAGUGUGGAACCAGGCGCCGGAGAGAGACCGCCUGGAGAGGAGCAUCGGCAGAACCAGCCCGGCACGGAGCCUCGCCUCGCCUCGCCUUGCCUGGCCGACCGCGGCGCCGUGCACUCUUCUCGGGGACUGCACAACAUUCGUGUGAAAUAUACCUGCUAUUAAUGGCAUGUGGCUUGUAACUUUACUUCUGCUGUAUUCUUUGCAAAAAGUCAACAGUGAGGAUGUUGUCUCUACGCGGCUGUACUUUGUGAAUGCCUCCCUGCAGCGAGUGACCUUCUCCAGCUCGGUGGGGGUGUCCCUGCCCUGCCCCGCGGGCGGCGCCCCCCACGCCGUCCUGCGCUGGUACCUGGCCGCCGGAGACGACAUUUACGACGUGCCCCAUAUCCGCCACGUGCAUGCCAACGGCACCCUUCAGCUCUACCCCUUCUCCCCGUCCGCCUAUAACAGCAUCAUCCACGACAACGAGUACUUCUGCACUGCUGAGAAUCAGGCGGGCAAGAUUCGAAGCCCCAGCAUCCACGUUAAAGCAG